UCCUAAUUUAUUACACCACCAUUUCUUCCUUCUCUUUCUCUGAAGAACUGGACAGACAAAAACAUGUGUGGAGGUGCCAUCAUUUCCGAUUUCGUAUCCGUUAAACGUGGCCGGAAACCGACCACUGAGGAUCUCUGGUCUGAACUUGACUCCUUAUCUGAUUUUCUUGGACUUGAUCAUCGUUCUAUGAGCAAUAUUAAUAAUGGUAGCAAAAAAGAAAACCUAUCAAAUCUCAAGCUCGCUCAAAAGCCACGCCAGCCCAACCAAGUGAUAACAGAGAGAGUUGAGAAGCCAAGGCAAGCAACAGAGCAAGAAGCCGGUAAAAAGAAGGUUCAGAGAACCAGAAAGAAUGUGUAUAGAGGAAUAAGGCAAAGGCCAUGGGGUAAAUGGGCAGCGGAAAUAAGAGACCCACACAAAGGUGUUAGAGUUUGGCUGGGCACUUACAACACAGCUGAUGAAGCCGCUAAAGCUUAUGAUGAAGCCGCCAAGCGCAUCCGUGGAGAUAAAGCCAAGCUCAACUUCCCCCCUCAGCCACCACCAACAUCCGAGGCGGCGCCACCACCAACCUCCGAGGCGGCACCACCACCACCAACGUCGGAGGCGGCGGCGCCACCUGCCAAGAAACGAUGCAUCUUGGGUCCUGAAACGGCUGCUAUGGCUAGUUUUGAGCAAAUCUUGAACCUGGAGUCGUUUCAUGGCCUGGAAACGAAGCAGACGGCGGCCCAGCUGAGUUGUGACGGAGGUGGAAGUGGUGAUUAUAAUUGUGACCCCGUGGACCCUUGGAUGCUUGAUGAUCUUAUCAACAUCAGCUUAAUUAUUAGUAAUAUAAUUAACUCCUAAUUUGGCUAGUGAUGCAUGCAUGUUCACUGCUUAAUGUAUUAAGACCCUGUUUUAUUAAUGUUGGUGCUUGGUGUUUAAGGCUUUAAUUAAGUUAUUGGUGUUUGGUUGCCGAACAUAGUUGUGUAAUAGACUAUGACAAUAAGGAUUGUGCGUGUGCCCUGUUGUCGGUCCAUGGGUUUGUAUUGAAGAACAAAUUACUUAGUGUAUUUUUGACUUUGUGGAAA